AUGGUAUCUCCAAAGGCAGUUAUAGGAAUUUGUGCAGGUGUAUCAGCUACUAUAUUUCUAGGAUAUUGUAUUUAUUUUGACAAACAACGCCACAAUGAUCCAAAUUUUAAAAAGAAACUAAGAGAAAGGAGACGCGCCAAAAGGGCGGCAUCUGAUUGCAAGAAAGCUAGCACAGUAUUUCCUGAUAUGAAAGAUCAUGAAGCAGUACAAAAAUUUUUCCUUCAAGAGAUUCAAUUGGGUGAAGAACUAUUGGCGGCAGGUGACCUUGAAAAUGGAGUCGACCAUCUUGGCAAUGCAGUAGCUGUAUGUGGGCAACCAAACGAUUUAUUACAAGUCUUACAGCAGACACUACAACCCAAUGUGUUCCACUUACUUAUCCAAAGACUGCCAUGUGUAGCACCCCGUCUGAUGAAAGGCAAUACUGGUGGUCUUCAAGAGGAUGAUGUUGAAUAA